GAGCUGGAUUUGGGGCUGAGCCCGUGCAAAGUGUUGCCUCGUAUUUUUUUGAUUGGAGCUGUUCUCCAGCGUGGUUCUGAACGGGGUAGGGCAGGCAGCCAGUAUUUGGAUCACAGAAGCCCCAUCCAGUUGUAGAGCUGGAUGGGGCCACGAGGGUCAUCCAGUCCAACCCCCUGCAAGGCAGAAAUCUUGUGCCCAACGUGGGACUCGAACCCACAGCCCUGAGACUAAGAAUGUCAUGCUUUACUGACAGAACUAUUUGGGGGAGACUAGUAAGGGGAAGGGGACUGUAAUCCAGGAGAUGGGCUCCUUCUGGAGAAAGGAGGUGUUGGAGUUUGAUAGCAGCAUGGCCAAUGUUUUAGUUUAGAGGAAGAGGGUAGAUCCAGAGUUGUGGCGUGGGGUCUGCUGGAAGAAGGUCUUGCUUGUGUGAAGAAGGUGGCCGUUGGUAUGGUUUGGCCAGAAGCUGAGGUUGGGGGUCAGUGUUGCUCUGGGAUGGGGGUGGGGAACCUGUGGCAGCUCUAGAUGUUGUGGGACCAUCAGUCCUGCCUGCUGAGACUCAUGGGAGUUGGAUUCCAGCAGCCUUUGGAAGGCUACAGAUUCCCCUUCCCUGCUCCUUGGGAAAGUAUUUAAGGUGACAUGGAUUUUGGGUGUGAGAAGUACCAACUCUAAACACUUCCUUCCUCUUAACAUUGUAGGCUUCAGGAUUGUACCACACCAUGCAAGUAGCUGAGGAUGCCUGCACCAAUUUUGAGGAUGAGCUGCUCUUCUGUGAAGACUGCCGCCUUUACUUCCGGGACUCCUGCCCGCAGCACGGACCCCCUACCUUUGUGGCUGAUAGACCUGUUCCAGAAAGGGCUCAGUCACGGUCCCUGCUCUCCUUGCCGGAGGGACUGCUGAUCAAGGAGCGUUCCCAGGGGGGCCUCGGAGUUUGGAGCGCCCUCCCAGCCCUGCCUCGUGGCUGCAUCUUUGGCCCCUACGAAGGGGAAGUUGUACGGGAACAUGGCGACUGCACCUGGUAUUCCUGGGCGGUGCGGGACAACGGCUCCUACUUCUUUGUCGACGCCUCAGAUGAUUCCAGAUCCAACUGGAUGAGAUAUGUGGCGUGUGCCUCUACUGAGGAGGAGCAAAACCUGACUGUUUUCCAGUACCGGGGCUACAUCUACUACCGGGUCUGCCAGACCAUACCUGACGACACAGAGCUGCUGGUGUGGAUAGGGGAGGAGUACGCACGCACGCUGGGAUUACGCUUAGGCGAGCAUUUUAAGUACGAAUUUGGCGAGAAGGAGCUGCUGAUGAAACUCUUCCAGGAGCUGCACCUCAAGACCCCGCCUCCACCUCCCGCCCCCCAUGCCCCUUCCUCCCGCACCCAGUACCUGUGCGGAGACGCCGGCGCCUCUCCCCUCCUGCCCCUCCACAAGCCGGGUCUCCCCCCGGGAGGGAGCCCUUUCCCGCUGCUGGAAGGGACGCAGAACCUGGUGGGGCUUGGGAGGGCACAGAGCCGCUACUGGACUUUCUUUGGGUUCCAGGGGGACGCCUACGGCCGCAUCCUGGACAAGAGCAAGAUCAUCUGCAAGCUGUGCGGGGUCCGCCUCAGCUACAGCGGCAACACCACCAACCUACGCCAGCACCUCAUCUACAAGCACCGCUGCGAGUACAACCAGCUGGUUGGGACCCAGACGGCAGCUCUGGACAAAGGGGUCCUGGGGACGGCGGGUGACUUCGGAGCCCCCCGGCCUCCCGCCCCGGGCAGGACCACGCGGGCGGUGGCCGACUUCAUCGUGCUCGACCUGAUGCCCGUGGAGGUGGUGGAAGGAGAAGGGUUUGGGCAGAUGCUGGGGGUCCUGGACCCCAACUACAAGCCCCCAGAUGCCGCCUCCUUGGCCCACACGGUGCUGAGGGACAUGCACACCCACGUGAAGGGGAAAAUCUGGGAGCUGGUGCGGACCUUGCCCCAGUGCUCACUCAGCCUGGACAUCUGGCGCCACAGCAACACCCUCACCUACCUCACUCUCACCGUGCAUUACGUGGACGACUGCUUUGAAGCCCGCGCGAGGGUGCUCUCGAGCCGCCCCAUCCCCGAAGACCCCAGCGCCGACAGCCUGGCAGAGGCCCUCAGCGAGGCGGCCAAGGAGUGGGGGGUCCGCGAGAGCACCUCGUACACCGUCGGGGGACUUGGGCUCGUUACCCAGCAGGCCGCGGCGGCGCUCGGUUGGACCGCCCUGCCUUGCAUCGGGCAGGCCUUGCGAGCCGCCAUGGAGGCUGUGCUGAGCCAGCCGGCAGCCCAGGGUGCCUUCGAGCGGCUGCGGCGCCUGGCGUCCUGGGCGCUGGCCGGGGCAGGCCGCGGCGAGAAGCUGUGGGCCCAGGAGCCCCUCCUGCAAGCGCACCUCGGCCGCUUCCUGCGGGACGGGGGCAAGUGGCACAGCGCCUAUGCCGUCCUGCAAGGCCUGCUGGAGCACAGCGACCCUCUGGCGGGGCUCGGCCCCGACGGGGAGGCGACGCUGCGCCCCCAGGACUGGGCUGCCCUUCGGGACGCGGCCAAGGUCCUCAAGCCCAUGGCCAUUGCUACCUCAACGUUCACCAAAGACCCCUUUUCCAGCCUGUCCCUCGUCAAGCCUGUGCUCACCAGCCUUCUCUAUAAACACCUGGUGGGCAGCGAGUGGGACUCCGCCCUGACGCUGGAAGCCAAGGCCGCAGCCCAGAAGGAACUGAACCAGCACUUCUCCAGCCCGGACGUCAACCAGGCCCUCAACCUGGCCUGCGCCCUGGACCCGCGCUUCCGCGGCCUCGACUUCCUGAGCCACUCGGACCGCGUGGAAACCCUCCAGUCACUCAAGGCGGAAGCGUCGCGGCUGGCGGAGUUGCCGGCAGCGCAGGCCGCCGGGCCGCCGGGCAUGGCCUUGCCCCCGUCGCCACCUGCCAAGGUGCCGAAGCAGGACGCAGGCAUCGAGUUCUUGCUGGGCGACCUGUGCAGCAUGCGCGCCGUCUCGUGCGCCAGCUCGGCACAUCAGCAGGUGGAGCAGGAGGCCAGCAGCUUCCAGUCCAGCAAGGCCUCCGCCCUCGGCCAGGACCCUCUGCAGUGGUGGAAGACGCACCACACGCAGUACCCACUGCUGGCUCGGGCGGCCCGCAAGCUGCUUGGCGUGCCUGCCACCUCGGUGCCCGCGGGCUGGUUGUUCAGCAGCGCCGGCGACGCCAUGCACACCAAGCGGCAGGCCCUGACGCCAGAGCACGUCGAUAUGCUGGUGUUCCUCCACGGCAACCGAGCCAUGCUCUAUUAGGACACGGCAAAAGGGAGUGGGUGGCUUGGGUGGGCAGGGCACCCUUCUUCGCCUGUCCCCCCCCCCAUGGCACGAGAAUGGCAAAAAUCCUUCCGGAGAACCCUCUUCUCUUCCUUCCUUCUUUCCUCCCUUCUGUCUUUCCCUGUGGGACAGGCUUAAUGCUCUGCGUGGUUUUGAGAGAGAAGAGGCUGAAGAGGAGCAGAACAAACCAUUUGGGCACUUUUUUGGAGGGGGGGUGCCUGUCCAUCAGCCAGAAACAACCUGGAGUGCAAAAAAUAAUAGUUAUGGCCGUAGUAGUCAUUUUGGAGAACAGGAAUGGUCCAUUUUAAGGUUGAGGGGGAGAGGAGGCUGCGGACAGAAGUGGUCCAUCAAAGGGGUGGGAGGCCUGAUGUGAAGGAAUAUUCCACCUCUUGCACAGCUCGCUUGCAUUGCAGCCCCGUUUUUUCUCUCUCCUGCCUGGUAGAAGAUGCGCAGCAGCAAAGGACAGGGAUGUUCCAUGAAAGGAAAGGAGAGGGAGCAUCUGAGGACAGGAAUAGCCCACAAACAAAG